CUAGUAUUUUACUUAAAGCUACCCGCUGACUUUGUCGUUCAAAGCCAACUUGCGCCGAACAAAUGUUUAAUAAAAGGGGCGGAUGGACUGAAUUUGGCAAAAAAGAGUCGGGGUUUCGUCAUUAGUGUCAAGCCGACUCGUAACGGACCAACUCACACAACUACAUCUCUCCUCCGUCGACAGCCACAUUUGCUUUGCCGUUACUUACAAAAGCAUUGCAAAAAGAUCUCCCAAAGCACAACGUCAAAAUGCCCUCAUCCGACAGUUUGGAUCGGGGUGAAAACCCAGACCGCAGUAUUUUCCAAAGCAUGAAAUUUUGGCUGUCUUUGAAAGUCCCAAUGAGGAACAAUAUCAAGGCAGCUAUCGAAGAUAACGGUGGUAUUCUUGUUCAUCUGGAAAAGGAUGCCGACAUUCUCAUAGCAGAUCACGCUCGCAAGGACUCACCAGUCGGAUCCGUAUCGUGGAAAUUUGUUACUGAAUCAGUUGAACAUGGCAUGUUACAGAUUGAGGACAGAUAUAUCAUCCAAUGGGAUCCCAGGUCAGAGAAAAACCGCGUCGCCAAUAACACUCAGAAACGGACCCGAGCAGCCUUCACCCCUAGCGAAGAUGCUGCUCUUGUCGCAUGGGUGCUGAAGACGGGCGCCCGCGCGGGAAACCAGGCCUACAUGGAAUUUGCUGAAAAAUAUCCUUCCGACCACACAUGGGCCUCAUGGCGAAAUAGAUUUGUCAAGCGAUUCAGUCAUUUAGAUCCGAAACAACUUGCCCAGAUUGCUGCUGAAUAUCAGUCUUCCAACAGCGAAGACGCCGGGUCGAAGACAGCUAAUACAGCAGAGGUGACUGAGAGCCAAAGAGACAGUCAGUCGGGAAAUACAAGAUAUCACGGCCCCAAACAACAGUUCUACGAAGAUCUCGACAUGUACAUUGACGCUACUGGUGCCAAAAUCGAAAAGGAUUGCAUGUUCUCGGGAAAGCAUUUUGAACUCUGGGAUCUUGCAAAAGCUAUCAACUCUCAAAAAGUCCCUGCUGAAGAACUGGACUGGGACAAGGUUGCCGAAGAGCUUGGUUACAACUGGGUUGCCAACAAAGACAUUUCAAGGACCUUACAGCUAUGCUAUGAAGAGAAUCUCAUGGAUUUUCUGGAUAGUCUUGAUGAAUUUUCUCCGUCAGAAACAGCAGAGGAAAAUCAAGGCGCCACCAGUUCAAAAUCGAAAAGCGUAGCGCCAUCCACCUCACCGCGAUCAUACGUUCCAUCUUCUCCUCCCUCAAGAUUUUUGUCCGGGAAGCGAGCACUUGAUUCAGAACCAGAGCUGCCUCUAGGAGGAAAGCGUCAAAAGCUGAACAAGAACACUGAAAUUCCAUCGACACCUGAAUCUGCAUUGAAGGUUGCUGGACAGUCUAACCAGCGAACACCGACUUUGCAGGGAAGGCAAUCUACGAUGGAUUUCACACCUUCCCAACAGCUUCAAGAUGAGUGGAGCAAUGCUACACCGAUACCACUUCGACUGGAAGAUGUAAAUGCUAGACAGCCAACUCCUCGGGAAGAUGAAGAGCGAGCUGUAGCUAAGCAAGCACCGAGACGAUCACUACCUGCGGAAUUCAAGAGCCGCAGUCCGCCAAGACAAGCCCAAAUAUCUGAACCAGCUAACGGCGAUGAAGAUAUUGCUCAUUGGAUAGGGUUCUAUGAGAGUCUUGGAUACUCGCACGACAUUGUCAUUAAGGCUCUGGUAGCAACGUCAAUGAGAACUGGCGGUGCCGCAGCUCAGACAAUGGAAAGCUUGAAACAGAAACAGGGACUACCAACACAUAUGGAAGGCGUAUGGACUCAACGCGAUGACAACUCACUGAGACUCAUCUUGUCCAUAGAUAUUAGCCAGGUACCGUCAGACGCAAGUGGUAAACGCCGUGUCGCAAAUGCCAAGCGUGAGGCUCUCCGACUGCAAAACAAACAUGGCAAAGAGUCUAUGGAAUUGAGAAGUCAGUUUCUCGAUGCUCUAGAGGCAAGCCAACAAGCAUAAAGUGCUGCAGCCUUCCCUGCUUAAUCCACCACUGUUAAACACGAACAGUGAUGUACGAAUAAUGAAUCACCAAGCGGGCCUCUGUUGUAAAGCUCCAGGUCCUUAUAAUUCAGUGUAGCUAAGGUUAAAUACCCGGCGUUGGAUAGAUAUAAUUGAAUUUCUUUUUAAUAAUUCAUUUGGUCAAACUACUAGACUUCGUAACUACUUAGGGAUUGGUGCAGAAUACCUCCAGGCCCGUAACGCCAUAUCUUCUCUGACUUUGUAUACUCCUUCUGCUGUCUCUCGGAUAGACAUGUCCACAUCCACAACGCUCAUACCUUCUUCACCAGAGCCCAGUCUGCCGAGACUGCCCUGCAUGGGCAAAGCGGCUUGGCUAACACCAGCAUACUCCCGCCCCAAUGCGUCUUUGCCUGGUGCAAUGCCAUCCUCAUCACCGGGAGCGGCACCGCCUGAGUUAACAAACAGAACAGCUGCUGUAUUCUCAAAUGCUCUAGCCACGCACAUCGUAUCAAGGAACAGAGUCUCAGCUGCGGGGUUGACAUCCAUACCCUCAUCACCACCAUCAGUAAGCAGCCAGAAAGCAGGACAAACUAUGAUAGUAGCGCCGUCGGCGAUCAGACUGCGCAUGGCUUCUGGGAACGCAAUAUCCCAGCAGAUAAGCAGUCCAACUCUACCUAGCGGCGUGUCGAAGGCUUGAUGAGGCACAGGUGCAGAAGAUGCCUCGAGGAUAGGCUUCUCUGGGUGCCAGAGGUUGCGUUUUUGAUAGCUGCCCAAAACCUUGCCGUCAGGUCCAAUGAAGUAGCAGACAUUAGCCAGGCCGUUCUCCGGGGCAUCUGCAGGCGGCGCAGAGAGUAAUGUGCCGGGGACGAUGGAUAUGCUGAGCUCUCGGGCCAAGGCGCAGUACCUCUCCAGGUAUGCGGGAGACUGGAGAGCUACGCGAAGAAGGCCUUCACGGUCUGGAACCCAUGACGAUAAGUGGUAUUCCGGAAGAAUUGCUAGAGAUGCUCCUUUGGAUGCUGCAUCUCGGAUGAAUGAUUCAGCCUUGGCGAAAUUUUCCUCCGGUGCCAGAGGCUGUGUGUCACCUUGUUAAUCACAGUUCAUUGACGGCCAUCAUAGCCGAUGGGGAUAUAGCACGAGGAAUUCGUCUGGAUGGGUAUUGCAUUUACCUGUGAAUACAACUGGAUUAGUGCAACCUUCAUGGUUGUGAAGUUAUGGAAGUUGAUGAUGCUUGAUGUCACAGAUAU